AGCACUUCGCGCGCUCUUUUCCAACCAACGGAAAACCUCACACAUAUUCGUAUAGGAAAAUCACACAAAAAGGCACAUCAAUUUACAGUGUACUUUCGUGUUUCGCGUUCGUUUCGCCUGGCGAAAAGUGAAAGUCUCAAGUUAUUUGGCACCCACACUGCGACAAUUCCGUUUGAUUUGCUGCUGUGCGGUUGCUGAUUCAAAAUCAAUAAACCAACCAGCCAAUAAUGGACUUCACCCGAUUCAUGAACAAGUUCAACGAGAUCGAGCGCCAACUGUCCCCCACCUCCGCCCUUCGCCUGAGCUUCGACAACAUUUCGCCGGAGACGGAGGAGCCGCCGGAUGGAAACAAGAGGCUAUGGGGCGUGCCCGUCCCUCCCUUCGUCUCCGACAAGGUGGUGUCCUGGAUCGAGGAGGAGUUCAACGAGGCCCCGGUCUUCUACAACGGCAACAGUGUGCUUAAGAAGGUGGAAAAUGUGCGGAUGAUAGAUCGCUACAAUACCAAAAAUCCCACGGUGGGCACCCUCUAUCUGACGGCCACCCAUUUGAUUUUCGUGGAGCCCGACAGCAACAAGGAGACCUGGAUUCUCCAUAUGCACGUGGCCAGCAUUGAGAAGCUUCCCUUGAGCACAACAGGAUCCCCGCUGCUCAUCCGCUGCAAGACCUUCCUCUCGGUCACCUUCGUCAUUCCCAAGGACUCCGAAUGCCACGAUGUCUACACCUCGCUGCUAAAACUUUUCCAGCCGGUGUCCAUCAACAAAUUGUACUGCUUCAACUACCAGCCGAACAAGGAUGAUUUCCCCAAGAAUGCUGGCUGGGAUUACUUUAAGCUGGAGGCCGAAUUCAAGCACAUGCUGGUGCCCAACGAGGCCUGGACUCUGUGCUCGAUGAACGAGAAGUACGAGCUGUGCGACACCUAUCCGCGUCAGAUUUACGUGCCUAAGGAGGCCACCACGCUGAUGCUCAUCAGCAGUUCGCGGUUCCGCUCGAAGGGGCGACUACCAGCGCUUACCUAUCUGCACAACAACAAGGCCUCCAUCUGUCGCUGCAGCCAACCGCUAUCCGGAUUCAGUGCCCGCUGUCUGGAGGAUGAACAAAUGCUGGAGGCCAUACGCAAGACGAACUCCAACACGGACUACAUGUAUGUGGUGGACACACGACCACGGAUUAAUGCGAUGGCCAACAGAGCCGCCGGCAAGGGAUACGAGAACGAGGCCUUCUACGAGAACAUCAAAUUCCACUUCCUCGGCAUCGAGAACAUCCACGUACAGCGCGCCAGUCUGCAAAAAGUCCUGGAGGCCUGCGAACAGAAGUCGCCCACGAUGAGCGCCUUCCUGAAUGCCCUGGAGUCAUCCGGCUGGCUGAAGCACAUACGCUCCAUAUUGGACACGUCGAGCUUCAUUGCCAACGCCGUGGACAAAGGUGUCUCGGUGGUGGUCCACUGCUCCGAUGGCUGGGAUCGCACGGCCCAGGUCUGCUCGCUGGCCCAGCUGAUGCUGAAUCCCUACUACCGCACCAUCAAGGGCUUCCAGGCGCUGAUCGAGAAGGACUGGCUGGCCUUCGGGCAUAAGUUCAGCGAGCGUUGCGGUCACAUUCAGACAGAUGCUCGCGAGGUUUCGCCGAUCUUCACACAGUUCCUCGACUGCACAUGGCAGCUGAUGUCGCAGCGCAGCGAAUCCUUUGAGUUCAACGAGCGUUUCCUGCUCAUCCUCCACGAUCAUGUGCACUCUUGUCAAUUCGGCACCUUUGUGGGCAACUGCGAGAAGGAUCGGCUGGACUUGAAGCUGGCCGAGCGCACCUUUUCACUUUGGGGCUUCAUGGCCAAUCACCUGAACGAGUAUAUCAACCCGCUGUACAAACCCAAUGUGGACGAUACGAUUAAGGCUAAUUUGGCACCGCAGUGCAUCAAAUUCUGGCGCGGCAUGUACAGUCGCUUCGAGAGCGGCAUCCAUCCGCGGGAGCCACUCGGCGAUCUGCUGCUCGACAGCAAGGAGCACUGCAACUCACUGGAGGACCAUGUGCAGCAUCUGACCAAGCGCAUAGCCAGCUUCAAAAACUACAUCUCCAAGUCGGCCAAGAAACUGCAGGAUGCCACCAGCACCACGGCAAAAGUUAGCAAAGAGGUCGCCAGCAACGAAAUCAAUGAUAACAAAUACAACUAUGACAAAAAGCUAAGCGAACUGUCGGCUGCCGAUGAUGAUCACCCGCUGAAGGCCAGCAACAUGUCCUUUGCCAAUCUCUCCCUGAAUGCCGAACAAUCCAGUCCGCCGCAGGCCUUGCCCGAGGAGCUCAACUCGGUGGCCGUGGACUGGAAGCCCAUGCGCAACGUGACCACCUGCUCCUGCUCCACGCCCUUCGAUCAGUUCAGCAAAAAGACACAUUGCUGGCGCUGUGGGGACAUCUUCUGCGAGCGCUGCAUAGACAAGAAUGUGGCUUUGCCAGGACACGACAGUGGAAAGCCGGUGCCCGUGUGCCGCGGCUGCUUCCGGCAAAUGCAAAAGCAAAGCCCGUAGAAAGGAUAUAAAGCAGCAUCA